UUUUUGGGAUUUUUGGGGCGAUUCGGGGAUAAAUUAUGGGAUGAUUUUUGGGUGAUUUUUGGGGCGAUUUGGGGUGAAUUUUGGGGUAAUUUUUGGGCUAUUUUUGGGUGAUUUUUGGGGUGAUUUCGGGUGAUUUUGGGGUAAUUUUUGGGCUAUUUUUAGGGCGAUUCGGGGUGAAUUUUGGGGUGAUUUUUGGCUCAUUUUUUGGGUGAUUUUUGGGGCGAUUUGGGAUGAAUUUUGGGGUGAUUUCAUGGUGAUUUUGGGGUGAUUUUUAACUCAUUUAUAGAGGAUUUUUUGGGGCGAUUCGGGAUGAAUUUUGGGACUAUUUCACGGUGAUUUUGGGGUGAUUUUUAACUCAUUUUUGGGCGAUUUUUGGGGCGAUUUGGGGUGAAUUUUGGGGUAAUUUUUGGGCUAUUUUUGGGUGAUUUUUGGAGCGAUUUGGGGUGAAUUUUGGGGUGAUUUUUGGCUCAUUUUUGGGUGAUUUUUGGGGCGAUUUGGGAUGAAUUUUGGGGUGAUUUCAUGGUGAUUUUGGGGUGAUUUUUGGGGUGAUUUUUGGGGCGAUUUGAGGUGAAUUUUGGGGUGAUUUUCGGCUCUUUUUGGGGUGAUUUUUGGCUCAUUUUGGGGCGAUUUUUGGGGCGAUUCAGGGUGAAUUUUGGGACUAUUUCAGGGUGAUUUUGGGGUGAUUUUUAACUCAUUUUUAGAGGAUUUUUUGGGGCGAUUUGGGGUGAAUUUUGGGGUGAUUUUUGGGUGAUUUUUGGGGCGAUUUGGGGUGAAUUUUGGGGUAAUUUUUGGGCUAUUUUUGGGUGAUUUUUGGAGCGAUUUGGGGUGAUUUUGGGGUAAUUUUUGGGCUAUUUUUGGGGCGAUUCGGGGUGAAUUUUGGAGUGAUUUUUGGCUCAUUUUUGGGUGAUUUUUGGAGCGAUUUGGGGUGAAUUUUGGGGUGAUUUUUGGCUCAUUUUGGGGUGAUUUUGGGGGUGAUUUUUGGCUCAUUUUUGGGGCGAUUCGGGGUGAAUUUUGGGGUGAUUUUUAACUCAUUUUUAGACUAUUUUUGGGGCGAUUCAGGGUGAAUUUUGGGGCUAUUUCACGGUGAUUUUGGGGUGAUUUUUAACUCAUUUUUAGAGGAUUUUUUGGGGCGAUUCGGGGUGAAUUUUGGGGUGAUUUCAGGGUGAUUUUGGGGUGAUUUUUAACUCAUUUUUAGAGGAUUUUUUGGGGCGAUUCGGGGUGAUUUGUGCGCCCCUCUCCCCCCCCAGCACAGCCGGAACGUCUCGGGGCUGCGCGAGGCCCUGCAGAGGAAAAUCGGGGCCCUGGAGCUGCAGCUGCGUCUCCAUGGCAACGGCUCCCAUCACCACGGCAACCGCCACGACGGUCACCACGGCAACCACCACCACCAGGAGAAGCAUUCCAGUGGUUUCCAUGGCAACCACAACGAUCUCCAUGGCAACCACCAUGAGGAAAAGCACUCCCACGGUUUCCAUGGCAACCACCACCAGGAGAAGCAGCCCCCACGGUUUCCAUGGCAACCACCACGAGGAGAAGCAUCCCCAUGGUUUCCAUGGCAACCACCACCAGGACAAGCAUCCCCACGGUUUCCAUGGCAACCACAAUGAUCUCCAUGGCAACCACCACCAGGACAAGCAUUCCAAUGGUUUCCAUGGCAACCACAAUGACCUCCAUGGUAACCAUCACCAGGAGAAGCAUCCCCACGGUUUCCAUGGCAACCACAACGAUCUCCAUGGCAACCACCACCAGGAGAAGCAUUCCCACGGUUUCCAUGGCAACCACGACCCCCCCGACGGUUUCCAUGGCAACGGCAGCGCCGCCCUCCUCGGCAGCCGGCUGGAGGCCGGUAACCAUGGCAACCACUACGGUAACCACGGCAACCACUACGGCGGGUUCCGGGUGGCGUUCCCGCUGCGCACCAAUUACAUGUUCGCGCGGGUGCGGGGCCCCGUGCGCAGCCCCCUGGGCGCCAUCUCCGUCUGCCUCUGGCUGCGCCCGGGGGGCGCCCCCGCCCGGGCACCCCCGGCCUGGGCACCCCCUUCUCGUACGCCGCGCCCCGGGCAGCCCAACGAGCUCGUGCUGCUCGCCUGGGCCGGCCGGCCCCUGCAGCUGCUCGUCGACGACCAGGCGGCGGUGCUGUCGCUGUCCCCCCACCCCGGGCAGGUGGCAGCACCUGUGCGUCACCUGGGCCUCCUCGGGGGGGCACCUGGAGGAGCUUCCAGGACGGGGGUGCCCCGCGGGCGGGGGGAGGGGCUGGCCCCGGGCCACCCCCUGAGACCCCACGGGGUGCUGGUGCUGGGCCAGGAGCAGGACGCCCUCGGGGGCCGCUUCGACGCCACGCAGGCGUUCGUGGGCGAGCUGGCCGAGCUGCACCUGUGGAGCCGCGCCCUGGCCCCGCCCGAGGUGGCGGCGCUGGCCAGGUGCGCCUCACCUGCGCGGGGCGACCUGCUGGCCUGGGCCCAGGCGGGGCUGGAGCUGCACGGGGGCGUCACCACGCUGCCCUUCCAGCCCUGCACCUGAGCACACCUGGGCACACCUGAGCACACCUGGGCACACCUGGGCACACCUGAGAGACACCCGGAGCAUCCCAAAACUCACCUGGAACAUCCCAAAACUCACCUGGAAACUCACCUGGAAACUCACCUGGGGGGCG